AUGCGUAUUAAAAUUUGGUUUCGAUAUAGCAAGGGGUUUUGUUCGAGCGCUGUACUCUGCAUCGAGCAUCAGCAUGUAUGCACAAAGACAAACACGGCUUGAUGUGGCAAGGAUGUUGCACCCACUGAAAAUAAACUUUCCAACAUCUUCAGGUAAUGGGCGCAUUCUGUCACCAGCACCAGAUGAAGUUAUGAAGCGAGACUCUUCAUCACCCUUUCAAUAUCCAGGAGGACUGGGUGGAUCCCCGAUGAAAAAACGCAAAUUGAGUCCGGUAGUAGCCGAGCUACCAGGAACGCGGGAGGAGCAGAAGGAUAGAAGUGGAAAUAAAAUCUCGCCCGAAAAACCAUUCUGUGGCGACAAGAAUAAGCUAGGGGUUGAACAACAAGGGUUGGAACAAAAGGACUACUGCAUCGAAGUUAAUAGUGAUAGCAACAUCUUCAAAACCUCGAAAGUAUUUCCCAUGCCUGCUGCAGCCGAGGUAAAAAAACAGGAGCAGGAGAUGCAACAAGCACCUAUUUCUUCUUCUGUUAUUACAACCACAAAGAUGGCCCAGGAUGAGAAACCAGUAGUUAAAAAUAAAGUUAAAAAACAGCAACCGAACAAGAAUAAAAGCAGAAGCCACGACCCUUGCUCCUUCGCUCCUUCUCGCGAGCAGCUGAUCGGAAUUCGGGUGGAGAGGUUGCUUGAUUUAAACGACUCGGAGACGAAGGAGGAGUGCCAAAAGUUGAAAAUCGACAUUCUGAAAAGUGACCGAAAGGAGGCUUUGAUUGUGAAGUUGCUGAAGAAGGAUUCUUCUAAAAGCGACAAGGCAACUGCCGUGAAAUGCCUUUUGCAAAACGCCGCCGAGUCGGCGCAGGAACUGCAGAGCUUGUGGGAACAGAUGGGGGAGCUGGAACUGGAGAAUAAGAACGAGACUUCAACUUCUUCUAGCGACAUCAAGGAAAAACACCAAAGACGGUCGGAUCUGGAUCGGGACAUUGUCUUUCAGAUGCAAAGGCACAGGGACGCGAAAACGGUAGCGGACAUGCUGCGGGAUUUGUCAUAAGAGAUGCGGAAGUAGCGGAAGAAUGUUAACACGAGGUUCGACAUGACACAAGAAGAGAAAAGAAAGCUCUCGGGGGCAUCCAAGAUGACGACAAGGAACUUACAGAUAAAGGGAAUGUCCGCUCUCACGGGAAUAAAGUUAAUUGUGAAAAACUUGUGUAAAAACGCGCGCUAGUAUGCUCUGGUUUUGUAAUAGUAAGUACUUACUUACUUUUCCAGCGACGGAU